AUCUAAGUCAAAGUUUGUGGUUUAGAUUGAAGUUCUGCUAACACAGAGAUGCUGACAAUCUAGGCUAUGGAGAUUGGAGAUGCUUGAUGCCCAUUGUAAAUUGUCCAGCUAGGUGAUUACAGACUCGUUUGGCCGGACUCCUUGCCUGGAAAUUCGUUGGAACUAAUUGAAGAACUGAAUAAGUGGCCGGUAAGCAACCAUUGCCACUCUCUGGUGAACUGAACAAUGGAGAGUGUGCUGCGAAACACACUGUGUCUACUCAUCCUGCUCUUCCUCUCAUGGCAGACAUCUUACUCUCUUCCACGAUCUUCUAUGGUCGCCCCUAGCUUUCACAACAGAUUCCUGCGCAUUCCCUCCAAGACCAUCGCUGCCCCGAAGUAUCAGUACCAAAUCCGCUACUUCCAGCAGCGGCUCGACCACUUCAGCUUCGCCGAUCUCCCCUCGUUUCGUCAGCGUUACCUCAUCAAUACCGAUCACUGGUCUGGUCCCUCUCGCCUUGGCCCCAUCUUCUUCUACUGCGGCAACGAAGGAGACAUCGAAUGGUUUGCCGCCAACACAGGUUUCGUCUGGGAGAAUGCACCUCGCUUCGGCGCUAUGGUUAUCUUCCCCGAACAUCGCUACUACGGUGAGUCAAUGCCUUUUGGAAGUAGGGAAAUGGCCUACAAGAACGCGACCACAUUGGCAUAUUUAACAUCAGAGCAGGCAUUAGCAGAUUUUGCAGUGCUAAUCACUGAACUCAAAAAGAACACAUCUGCUCAAUCAUGCCCUGUCAUUUUAUUUGGAGGAUCUUAUGGUGGAAUGCUUGCAGCAUGGAUGAGGCUUAAAUAUCCUCACAUUUCCAUAGGCGCACUUGCUGCUUCUGCCCCAAUCCUCCAGUUUGAGAAUAUUGUUCCGCUCGAUACAUUUUACAACAUCGUCUCCAAUGAUUUUAGACGUGAGAGUGUUAGCUGCUUCAACACUAUCAGAGAGUCAUGGGAUGUAAUAAAGUCUGUAGGAAUGACAAAGAGCGGACUUUCACUGCUCACCAAGACUUUCCAUCUUUGUGGAGAACUUAAGAGUGCUGAAGACCUUUCUGACUGGCUGGAUUCUGCAUACAGUUAUUUGGCAAUGGCUGAUUACCCAUAUCCUGCAGAUUUUGUAAUGCCCUUACCUGGCAAUCCAAUAAAAGAGGUCUGUAAGAAAAUUGACAGGUUACCCAAUGGCACAGAUAUUCUGCAGCGAAUAUUUGAAGGAGUCAGUGUCUAUUAUAACCACACCGGAAAGGAUACAUGUUUCAAUAUUGAUGAUGAUCCUCACGGUAUGAGUGGCUGGGACUGGCAGGCAUGCACUGAGAUGAUUAUGCCAAUGUCGAGUAAUAGAAACACAAGUAUGUUUCCAGCAUUCGAGUAUGAUUACGCCUCUGAUGCAGAGUAUUGCUAUAGGAGUUACCAUGUAAUUCCAAGGCCUACAUGGAUAACAACUGAAUUUGGUGGACAUGACAUAAAAACGGUUCUUGGGACGUUUGGGAGUAACAUCAUCUUUUCAAAUGGUCUCUUAGAUCCAUGGAGUGGUGGCAGCGUCCUAGAGAACAUAUCAGAAACUAUUGUUGCUCUUGUUACUGAAAAAGGUGCCCAUCACUUAGAUUUGCGUGCAACAACGGCUGAGGAUCCGGGUUGGCUGGUGGAGCAAAGAGCCUCUGAAGUAAAACUUAUAGAGGGCUGGUUGGACAGCUACUUAAAGUCAAAGGAAAUUGUUCAUUUAAAAAAUGCGAUCUUGUACAGUGAAACUAUCUACUAGUUGUACAGUGAAGUAGUUGCUCUCUUUCCCGGUUAAAAGCGAAUCAAAACAUGUUUAAAGCAUGAUCAAUAAAACCCACCUCAAUUACAUGACAAUCCAUUUGAAAAAUUGAAACCAAAAUCUGGGUGAUUGACAAUCAGUCCUAUUAAUAGCUACAAUUUUAAUGAGCAUUAUUUAUCAUCA